AUAAUAUUGAAGUAAGAACAAGAGGUGAAAUUAGGCGGGCUCCAAAACUAAAUUUUAUCACUCCGUGAAAUACAUAAAUGAUAAAAAUAUAAUUCACAUUGAAACACAUUAAUAUGACGCAUAACGCGGUUGUAGACUUAAUAGAUGGCAGUUCCCAAAGUUCUGUUGACGAUGAAAGAAAAGUUGAGUGCAAGGUUGAAAGCACGAUAAUUACACCACAAAAUCGUCCCCAACGAAAAGUAACUAAGAAGGCUGCAACAACAAUUGGUAAAAGAGCAUUGCAGCCCAUAGAAGAAACAAAAGUGGACAUCACUCAAGUAACAGUUAUUCCCGAUAAUAUAAAAACUACAACGAAGAAAAGGACUACAAAAUUCAAAGACCCACCUGCAAGUCAAUUGCGUAUUGAUAGUUAUUUCAAGAGUUGCUCUAAAUCAUACAAAAUUGAAACUCCUUCAGUAAAGGAGGAGAAGUUGUUUUUAACGGCGCCUGGAAUCAAAAUAACUAAAACUUCCCAAAAAGUUCGUACAGUCAGAAAUAAGAAAAUUAAAGGUCGAAAACGUUUAUUCAUAGAGGAAGACGAUAGCAGCUCAACAACGGUUUCAACACCCAGUGGCUUCUCAGGUAUGAUGUCAACUUCAGAAACAACCGAUCCCAAACGCUCUACCACUGCGAUUAGUACUUCCAAGAAAAUCGAUGCUUCAAAAACAGCCGAUACUUCAAAAAGAACUGCUAUCAAACGCUCUUCUUCUACGAAUGCCAGUCGUAGCUCUACCAAACCGACCAAAAGAAAAACAAAGCCUUAUUCAUAUGAGGAAUUAAUAGAUUUAUGUUCUGAUGACGACUUAGCUGCUUGCUCAGUUACUAAGAAAGCAUUUGUGGCAUCCGGUGAACGAAAUAAGUCUGCUGAUAAGGAAAUGUUUGCCGAUACAUGUGAGAUUCCUCGUUUAGUUGGUGAUUGUAUUAAAAACGACAUGCCCUUUGCAGCAAUGGUGUCUAUACCAAUACAGGAAAUAUGCGAUAAAAACACCACAACGAAUUUGAAAGAGGAUGUAGUUUACCACAGAGAUUCGCAUUCGUCAACUUGUUCGACUAGUAAGACAUUGUUGCAAACAAAAGUAAAUACACCACAUCAAAAGUGUACUGACUGCAAUUUGGAUAUAAAAACAGAAGAAAAUGGGAGACUCAUUAACACAGACCAGACGUCUUCAAAGUCGUUAGUAGAAAUUAGUAUAGUUGCAUCUGAACAAAUAGAAGUUAAGCAAGAACCAGAAGAACUUGUUGCUUCGACAUCCUUAUCAAACCAAACUAAAGAAAUAAAUAAUUUAAAGUUAACUAAUAAGAAAGCUUGUUCAAACACUAUUAUAAUUGACGAAAAAAAUGAUUUACAAAUAUCGCAUACUGAGACACCUUCCACUAGUAAAAGCAAACGAGUUCGGAAAUUCCGCGUUUGUCCGCCCUAUAAAAAAGUAGCUGGUACUACUUUUGCGGUUGAUGCUUUCCAGUAUGGACAGAUUAGUGGCAUUACACACUAUUUCCUUACACAUUUUCAUGCGGACCACUAUCAAGGUUUGACGCGCAAAUUCGAAAUGCCAUUGUAUGUGAGCCCAAUAACUGCGAAUUUGGUGCGCGCGUUGAUAUCAGUGGAAAAUAAGUAUAUAAACGAAAUAGAACUGAACAAACCUGUGAUGAUAAAUGAUGUUGAAGUCACUGCAAUCGAUGCAAAUCACUGUCCAGGUGCUGUUAUGUUUAUAUUUAAAUUGUCCACCGGCCGAUGUAUUUUACAUACUGGCGACUUUCGUGCCUCGCCUGACAUGGAGUCCGAGCCGACGUUCUGGAAUAAUGACAUUGAUACAAUAUAUCUGGACACCACAUAUAUAGCGCAUAAACACAAUUUUGCUUCACAGUAUGAAAGUAUCGAUCGCGCUAAGAGAAUAAUAAGAGAAUUCCACGAAAAGCGUCCAACAACACGUGUUUUGUAUGUUUGCGGCUCAUAUGUGAUUGGAAAAGAGCGUUUUUGGACUAAUAUAGCGCAAGAGUUUAAUUUGAAAGUAUGGACAGAGAAGAAUCGUUUGAAAGCUUUGCAAUCAAUGGAUUUAGAUGAAGUGCGUGAUUUGCUGUCUGAUGAUCCAAAUAAAGCAGAAAUGCAUGUGAUAUCGAUUGCCAAAGUCAGCUAUCAGUCGCUGGUCGAUUACUUUCGACCAUUUAAACAGCAAUACGAUGCUAUGCUGGCAUUUCGACCAUCCGGCUGGGAGAAGAAUAGCAAACCACAACUGCGUGGUGAAAUAAAUAUCGUAGGCAUUGAGUACUCUGAACACUCGAGUCAUGCGGAGUUGGAACGAUUUGUAACAUAUCUAAAGCCCCGUGAGGUGAUCAGUACUGUGCCCGUGCGACAGGGUAAUCCAUGCAUUACACCGAAGAUACCAGAGAAGUGGUACAAAUAUGAUAACCUUAAAAAGAGGCAACGCAAUUUCCAGCCCUCGAUCACCAGUUUUUUGAAAAUGCGUCCACGUCAGCUAGUACAAAACGCCGCUACCAAACGCACCACGAACUGUCUAACACCUACGAAAUCGCCAGAUUAUUAUAUGCCCAAUGAAAUAUCGCAACUGAGUGUACGUGCCAUGGCCACAUGCAUAGAGGUGCAACGAGAUAACAAGUACCAGGCGACUUCUCAGAAAGUACCGGCGGUAGUAACUCUAUUUCCUGAGUCAGAAGCUUUAGAAGAUUGGAUGUUCUAGUUAAACGUGAGAUUUAUCUCAUUCCUGUGCUGUGGUACUGCUUUAAAAGAAAAAAGAAACUUUGUCAAUAGGUUAAGGUAAUUUUAGCUUAAAGUUCAAUUUUUAUAUGAAGAUUUCUUUAUGAAAUUAAAAAAUUAAAAUCUACAUGGUUGAUA